AUGUCUUCCGAUACCAUUGCAAACUUCCAAGUCACCGUUCCCCUUACUCUCCAGUUCAAUGCCUCCUUCGAAGGCGUCCAGGUGGUGGGUGCGUCGAUGGACGGCGGGCCCGUCCCAAUCAAUCUCCUAGGAGACAAACCCCCCGCGGCUCAGACGGAAUUCCAAGAACCAGAUACGAAAGUAUGGCCGGAUGGGUUGGAGAACUUGAGUCUGGUGUCGGCCAACGAAGAGCUUCAGUGUCCGGAUUCUUCGAAGAUGCAGUAUUACAUCGUCCACGAAGAUCCUCAGAUCCUGUAUAUCCCCGAGUUUGUCUCUGCGGCAGAGAUCACGCAUCUGCUUGACGCGACCAAAGGCAGCUUCUCCUUCGCAUGGGUCUAUCGCGAAGGCGUCAGCAGUACCGACGACAGCUUCCGCAAGUCCGAAAACGCCUGGCCACCCCGCGACGAGGUCGUUCAAUGCAUCGAGAAGAGGGCCCGGUACCACGAAAACGGCUUCUUCUCCUACCAUCAUGAUAACUUCGCAUCGCCCCCGAACCGCAUGAAUCGCCUGUCUACCUUCAAUGUCUUCCUCCAAGGCGAUUGUACCGGAGGUGGCACGCACUUUCCUUGGAUUCCCAGGCCCGAGCAUCCCAACUGGUGCCAGUAUAUCGACUACGAGUCGACUGAGACUGGGACUAUCUUCAAGCCCAUUGUGGGAGCUGCUGUGUUUUGGGUGAAUACAAGGGAGGAUGGCACUGGGUUUGUGGAGAUGUUGCAUGCUGGAAUGCCCGUUAAGUCGGGGACAAAGGUUGGGAUGAACAUUUGGUCAUGGGAGAAUAAGACCGAACAAGCGCUUUCGGAAGAGGAUGUUUUAGUUACGCAGUGA